UUAUAUUAUGCAAAUUUAGUUGUUAUGAAAUCUUGAAGCGAAUAACGCGACGUGAUAAAAACAUGACUUUAAACUAUGAACACGUUUUUGGAAACAGAAUAAAUAGCAAAUUGUUAUAUGUUACAGAGGAAAAACAAUUAUAUUCCAAAAAAAACUAUUAAAAAAGAAAAAUAUUUUUAUGCUUGUUACGUGAAAACAUGCAAAGCGAGGGUGUUUUUGAAUAGUGAGGUGUGUUAUAAGGUUAAAGAUUUCAUUGAUCAUAAUCAUGAAACUCAGGAGGAUGCGAACAGGGAAUUAAAGAUUAUGAAUAAUAUGAAGACAUCCUAUAUGGGAAUACAUCAAGAUUCCACUGAAUCGAGCGUUCUUGGAAGCAUACGAAAAAUAUUUCAAAGUACUUGCGUUGAAUACCCGGUGGAAACAAAAGAUAUUGAUUUUUAUAAAAUCCAACGAAAUUACCAAAAACUGGCAAAUAAGCAAUUUCUAAUUUCUCCUAAAACGCCAGCUGAUGUUAUCAAAGCAUUUCAAGAUGAAGUAACUUUGAAAAAAUUUGGGUAUACAAAACAUACCGGCGAUGAUGCCUCAACAUUUUUUAAGAUAUGCUGUGAUGCAAAAGACUUUGCCUAUUGUUUGUUUUAUUCUGACAAAAUAAUAAACCUAAGGAAAGAAAAUAUUCCUUCAAAUGUAGAGAGAAAAAUACUGGUUGAUGCAACAUUUUCUGUUUUACCUAUUGGUAGCUUCAAACAGCUUUUAAUUAUUCACAUUGAAUAUUUUGAAACGGUGUUUCCUGCUAUAUUUGUUCUUAUGAACAAGAAAACAAAAAAAAGUUACGAAUAUGUGUUUAACUAUAUUAAUACUAAUGUGGUAAAAUUAGACGGAGCGGUGUUUAUGGCGGAUUUUGAAAUUGGAUUGCGUAGUGCUAUAAAAAAAAUAUUUGAACAUUCUAAGCUAUUCGGGUGCUGGUUUCACUAUUGUCAAGCAGUACGAAGAAAUAUUGCUACAAAACACAAGAAUCUUGCGCGAAUUUAUUAGGCAAAACCGUAAAGCAUCUAUAUCUUACCACAAAAUAUUGUCACUCCCAUUAUUACCGGAGACACACAUUGUUAAUUGCUUUUCCAUCAUCAAAGAAGAAAUUGCCACUUUUGACCACUUGUUUAAAUUUGAAUCUUUUUUAAAAUACUUUGAAUAGCAAUGGCUAAAAAAAAUUGGUCCAAGAAAUCUUUCGGUCUUUGGAAAUAAGAUCCGUACAACAUCAGCUGUAGAAUCGUAUAACGCUGUGCUUGCCAAAAUAAUCCCAAAAUAAGGGAAUUUUUUCAAAUUUGUGGGGCAGUUACAAAUGGAGGAGUAUCGCAAAAGUAGGGAAUUAGAAUUGGUUAUCAACAGCGGUGGUGCUUUAGGGAAACCAAAAAGAAAAACAAAGGAAAACGUUAUGAGAGCAAAUCUAAUUGCUAAAGCGGAGACGGACCUGCUUAAUAGACUCAUAACCGCUACGAGUUUCUUGGAUAGAAUGGUCUUCUCUAGAAACAAAAUAGUAACUGAUAUGGAGCCCUUUGAAGACAUAUUCGAAGGUUUAGAAUAUAUGGAAGAAGAAUCUGAAGUUGAAGAAGGAUCCAAUGCCACGGAAGAAGGUGCAGCAAAUCCUCCACUGAUAUGCAUAAUUUGUUUGGAAAACAAACCUAAUAUUUUGCUUUUGCCAUGCAAACAUUUAAAAUUGUGCAGUGACUGCACAUCUAAAAUAGAAGCAGAGAGUGUGGCAAACAAUUUUAAUAAAUUUAAAUGCCCUUUUUGUCGUCAAGAUGUUGACGAAUAUUUACAUAUUUUUAUUUAAUUAUUUUCUUUUUCUCACAUUUUCAUAUUUUCAUUUAAUUCUUUACCAUUUUCUUUUUAAAU